UUAUGAUAAAAUUAUAUUCAAUUGAUAGAUUUAUAAAUUUUAUUUUCAUAAAUAUAAAUUAUUUAUUUUAAAAAUAUAAUAUGAUGAUAGAACGGCUUAAAAUUAGCAAACCAUAUAAUACAUGUCUUAAAAAAUAACAUAUCUUAAAUUUUUGUAUAAACAAUAAUAUAUUAUCUAAAACAAAUAAGCAUAAAAAAAUAUUAGUAAAAAGAAAUACAGCUUUGAAUCACGGGUUAGAAUUUAGUAUAAAUUAAAUACAAAAUAAUUUUCAAAUAUAUUUUCUCAUGAAUAUAUUAAUAUGCUUAUUAACUAAAUGCAAAUACAAUAAGAUAAAUAUAUAAUAAGAAGUUAAAAUACAUACAAUUUUAAACAAUUGAUUAAUUAUAAUAUGUAAAUUAUAAAACUAUUGUAUUUGAAAUAGUUAUAUAAACAUUUAAGUAUAUGAUUAACGUUAAAAAUAUAUACCACUAAUGUUUAAAAACAAUAAUUUUUGUAUAGAAAAGUGAAAACAAACACCCGCGCGGUUGAUUGUAGUAGAGAGGUUAGUUUGUUACUGAGUUGAAUUAGUAUACUUUUAAAAAGAAAGUACCACAUGUAUUGUAGUUUUCUAAAAGUAGUAGAUAGCCUACUAGGACCACUGUAAUAAUAAUCACUGAUAUUCAUUAUUAGCUUAUAAUAUUUAUAAAACAUAUAUGUAGUAGAUGUCCAUUGAAUAUUGAAUAUGGUAAAACGGAAGUGUUUGAGCUCAGCUGCUGCUCAGUGAGUGAGAUUGAAUGAUUGAUUGUAGUAGAGAGGUUAGUUUGUUACUGAGUUGAAUUAGUUUAAAAACCAUCGGGUAUUUAUAAUUACCAAAAAAAGUUAUUUUAUUUCACUACAGUGAAGAUGCUGCCUAGUCUGAAUCUCAUAAUAUAUACUCAGAUUCCCAUUUCUUAGAAAUAUGACCAUUGUGGUUUGAGAAGAAAUUUAAUUGAUUUUUACAUCUAAAAUUGGUUACAAACUUACCAAUUAUGUUUUUUUUGGAUGAUGACCAGAACAUAUAACAUAGUGGUCUGUGUUAUUAUCAUCUAGAUAUCACUUAUUUGAUUAAAUCCACAUUAUAUACGUCGUUGAUAAAAAUUGUUUAUAUGUGGUUUAUUCAGUUUUAGAGGGUUUCUCAUUUUUUAAUUCUUUCUAUCUGUAAUUUCAAUCUCUUAGUUUAUCUCUUAUAUGUCAAUGAUCUCCAUUUAGAAACUUAAAACAAAAAUUAGUGUUAAUGUUAUGUUGCUGUUGCAGUUAUAUAUACAGGAAAAUUAAUAGAAAAUGAAACAUUGUAUUAUGACCACAAAAAGGGAGUGAUUUGUUUAGACAAAAAGUGUUUUCGGUCUUAGGAAUAUAAUCUUUUCAAGAUGUAAAUCAAGACUAAAGUAAAUUAAUUCUCUCCCUAUGGAAGAAUGAGGUUGACACUAAACUAAUAAUAAAUAAAGUGUUAGUAUGUUAAAUUUCGGUUUGUGAUGGACUUCCAAUUUAAAACUAACUCGUGAUAAAUUGAUUGAAUUGUAAAUAUUACUUAUGUCUCAUUUAAUAAAUUUUCGAUGUGGGAGUUUAUAUUUUCGCAUCUUCUCUCGAGAUGAUAGUUCUUAUAACUGUUAAUCUCGACAAUAUCUUAGUGUAGGAUUCAAUUUGGCCAGACCGUCGGACCAUUUGAACCAUGCUGGUUUAAGAUUGAUCAGGCUUCUUUCGAUGGGUCAUAUUGAUUUCAGUACAGUUGGGCAGAGUAUUCCCGGAUUCUGAUACCGUUUUAAAUUUAGAUAUUUUAUAGACUUUCAAUUUAAAAUCAAUUGUCGAUAAGUGAAUUGGUACAGUUUUUUUAAAAAGUAUUAUUUAUGUUCCAGUUCCUAUGUGGGAACUUAUAUUCUUAUGUAGUAUUCCAGUUAUUGUUAAAAAAGGAUACAAUGUAAGCACUGGGUGUUAAGUGCAUUGCCUAUAUAACUGAUAGGCAGCAGCGAGUCUACACCCAAAGUAUAGAAGAAAAGGACCAAAAAUUAUAAUGGGGCAAGUAGAGAUUGUUCUUAAUUCACUUCCUAUGAGUGGAGGAGAUGGCCCUGACAGCUACUCUAAGAAUUCCCAUCUGCAGAGAAGAUCAGCGAGUUUGUUGAGAGAGACAAUAGACAAACUGAUAAUGGAAAAAAUUGAUGCAAGAACCCUAAUCUCAUGCACCAACACGUUCCACAUAGCCGAUCUUGGUUGUGCAACUGGACCAAACACAUUCUUUCUCGUAGAAGACAUCAUCAAAUCCGUUGACACCAGCUUACAAUCAAACUCCACAAAACCAGACUUCCUCGUCUUCUUUAACGACCUCCCAAGUAACGACUUCAACACUCUCUUCACCUCUCUUCCUCCAGACCGGAGUUACUUUGCGGUCGGUGUCCCCGGUUCGUUCUAUAGCCGUAUUCUUCCUCAAUCCUCCGUUCAUAUUGUACUGACGGUGGGGGCCACACACUGGCUUUCAAGUGUUCCUAAGGAGGUCUUGGACAAAAGCUCCAAGGCGUGGAAUAAAGGAAAGGUUCACUACUCAAAUGCUUCGGAGGAAGUGGUCAAAGCUUAUGAAGAGCAGUUUGGUCGGGACAUGGAAAGGUUUCUAGAAGCUAGGGCUAAAGAAAUCGUGAGUGGAGGUCUUUUGGUUGUUGGAAUGUGUGGAAUUCCUCUAGGAAUGCCUUUCUCCAAUCUUGCCGACAGUAUCAUGUAUAAUUCCAUGGCUGAUGUUCUCAUUCAAAUGCAAUCCCAGGGUUUAAUCAGCGAAGAGCAAGUGGAUACGUUCAACGUACCGAUCUACUCGGCGUCGCCUGAGGAGGUAGCAGUCUUGGUAGAGAAAAAUGGCUGCUUCACUGUCGAAUUUAUGGAGCUGAUGGACCCCACGGCCUGGCUAAAACGGCCAAUGGACGUGGAGGAUGUGAGGCAAUGGAUUGUUUGCAUAAAGGCCACAAUGGGAUCUCUCUUCAUCAAUCAUUUCGGUGACCAUCUCCUCGAUGACAUCUUCGACCGUCUCACCACCAAGCUCGUCGGACUCACCGAGAAGGUUGAAUCUAGUUACCGUGAGAAAGUCAUGUUAUUCUUUGCGUUGAAAAGAAAAUGAAUUUUUAUUUGACAAGUUUUUUUUUGUAUGUGUGUGUUUUGUUUAAUGGUUUGAUUGGUUUAAUCCGGAAGAGGGGUCAGAUAUUGGGUAUACAGUUGUGUGUUUCGCUAAUAUGAAAUGUUUGUUUUUCUAAGUAUUUGCAUUUGUGUAAUUCAAUUCCAAUAGCAUUGAUUUAUAACGUUUUAUUUCUUAAACUAAACUAUGAUAAUUUCAUGGUCAUUUACACACAAAAUUUUAUUUUAAUAAUAAUCAAUCGUUUUUUGAUAAAACAACAAAAAAUUGACGUAAUGAAUUCAAACUGAAGCAGAUUAACGUGAUUUUCUACCAAAAGUUUGACGUAAUGCAUUUGGUGGAUAAAUUACCAAUUAGUUAGGUGACUGAUAAAAACUUAUAGUCUAGUCAGUAUCAUAACUUGGUCGGAACUCAAUUAUAGGUUUGUAUGAGUUGUGAAUGCCAAUUGCCAACAACAACAACAAAUGUGGUCCUGUGGCAAAAUAAAGAAGGUGGUCCCGAAUAUAUUUAUAAUUGACCUACAUUAUAAAUAACCAUAUUUUAAUAGACCUAUAAAAAUUAAUAUAAACAAAUAAAAACAAAAGUGUGGAGAAUAGUUAUGCAUCAUAGUUACUUAAGCAAUAAGUCAAUAAAUGGCUAUUAGGUGAAAUAUAAGGACAGUUUUUGGUUCAAACAGAAGUGUGGAGAAUAGUUAUGCAUCAUACUUACUUUAACAAUUAGUUAAUAAAUGGCUAUUGGGUGAAAUAUAAGGACAAUAUUUAGUUUAAACAGCAUAAAAUAUACCUUUACCUAAAGGAAAAACCCCUUAUUACCAUUAACUAAAGGAAAAUCCCAAGCAUAAUUAUAAAUGGCUAUUGGGUGAAAUAAAAGGACAAUAUUUAGUUUAAACAGCAUAUUUAGUUAAAACCAUUAACAAAAAAAGUCAAGACAUAUAUGUUUCCAUUUGAAUUAUCCUGUAGAAGAUGAACAUGUGAAUGACAGAUUAGACUAAGAAGCCGUGAGGAUCAAUUAUUCACUAUACAUCCUAGCCUCCUAGGCAUCGAUCCUGUGACACUUAUUUUUGGGGUCACUUUUCGAUUUUAUUUAUUUAUAUAUCCGGUAUCAUUUACAAAAUUAUAUGUAAGUAUAUUAUUCUUUUUUUGUUUUGAAUGUGCUUUUUAGUUUUACUUUUUUGCCUGUUUUGAUUUAUGGGGACAAGAUUCCUUAAAAGGGACAAAUCACUAUAACAUGUAUGUGUUAUAUAUGUAAAAUUGAUAUUUGACCCAAAUAUAUAUUUUUGAGAGGGACAACAAAGACUUGAUCCCUCGACAGAGUUGAAGGAGAUACAAAAACUGAAUAGAAGAUUUCUAGAUUUCAUGAUAUUCUAUAUUCAUCGGGGAUAAAAUAAAACUGCAGAUCAUGCACUUAUCUAGAACCGCUCAAUCUUUUUAUAGGAUUUUUUUGUUUUGUUGGUUGUUCUAUUUCGGUGUAAUUAUCCAGACUACAUUAAAAUUGAGUAAUAAAAUAGAUAUUUUGUCGUGAAAAUAUAUAUAUAUAUAUAUAUAUGUAAGAAGAUAAAUCGCUGAAAUUCCCUACGAUACAUUAUACACAAAGUAAAUCAUAUAUAAACAACUUUGCAACGUUCCCACAGAAGAUAUCCCUUUAAAGAUCGCUAAUCAUAUGCUACAUAAUAGGUUUAUGCUUUCUUUUUAUAAGAUAAAUAUGUAAAACAAAAUAUACAUAGUUUUAGUUAUUAUAAAAUUAAAAAAUAUUUUGAUAAAUCAUAAUAACGAGAUAAUAAACUUAAGAAUGCAUCUAUUUUGAGACCUGUUUUGAAAUAUUAUCAGAAAGAGAUAUAUCCAUUAUAACAAAUCCCCUUCCUAUUAUUAGGAGAUUUGCACCCAAAAAUAAUAUGAGAACAAUUAAUUUUUUCAUAGAAAUAAAAUAUACAAUAUUCAGUUGUAAUAUAAUAAAUUGAAUAGUAACUAGAUUAUGUAGAGAUUUUAACUAUUGAAAUGAUAACAUAAUUAAUAGUUCAGUUUUCAUAAUUAUAUUUACGAUAUGAAUUUAUUUAAGCAUACUAAUAUCAUUAAUUUUCAAUUUACUCAAAGAUUUUCACAACUUUCAAACAAUAAUAAUUGAACACGAAUUAAAUCUUCAAAAAUGGGGAUAUGCUUCUAACAUAUAUUUUUCUAUUCAACAUAUAAAGAAAAAUAAUAACGUAUGUUGAAAAUGAAUGUACAUCAACCUAUCUUUCACUCAAUUUUCUUAUGAAGGUGAUUUUUUGUUGUCUGUUUAGUGUUUAAACUUAAUGUGUACUAAAACUUAAUCUGUGCGUCCGCACGGAUAUUGAUUCUUACGUUUUUAUAAAUUUAUAUUUAUUUUUCAUGAUUAGUGUUAUAUGUUUUAGAUGUAUCGCCAUAUAACUAAUUGUAUUCGAAAGAUCCGGACUGAAUCGGAUAAUCUAGUUAUUUUUUGGUACAAGUAUUCCGAACCCAUUUCAGAUACGUUUGUUAUUUGGAUAUUUUUAGGUUCAUAUAUAUCAGAACCGAACUAUCUAAAUCCGAGAGGACCCAAAUCGAAAUCCACACAUAAAUUUAUAAUAU